AUGCAAAUCGACACUAAUAUUUUCCAAAAUUGGUUUGAGUCAACGUUUUUAAAAGAAGUCCAAGGUGGUGGCCCUUGUGAAUUAAUAGGCGAUAACUUGGCGUCCCACAUAAAUGAACGCGUGAUAGAAAUAUGUGAAGCUCACGACAUAAGGUUCAUUUGUUUACCACCAAAUACUACUCACAUUACACAAUCCCUCGAUAUUGCUUUUUUCGGCCCGAUGAAAGGGGCUUGGAGAAAUAUUUUAAGGGAAUGGAAAAAAACAAAAAUGGGCUCUUGUUUUACAACUCUACCAAAAGAUUUAUUUCCCAGAUUCCUGAACAAAUUGAUGGAAAAAAUUGAUAUGAAUAAAGCCGAGAAUUUAAAAUCUGGUUUCAUCAAAGCUACCCCUUAA